AUGCCAUUUUCCUCCAUGGCCCUUGACUUUACAGCAUCAACUAAUGAAGGCUUGACAACAAACGCGACGACCACAGAUGAGGCCCACCACUAUUCAAAUCAGCAAGAAGAUUCGUCACUCAAAGACAGAAGAAUCCUUUGCCUACACAGUGAGCCAAAGCUAGGAAUCUUAACGCAAACUGUCGUGGCGAGUCCCUUGGUGAAUUUGAUUUUAAUAGCUAAUCUACGAAACUCGAUAUCAUAUGAUCUAGCAUUCAUUGGUGAUGAUUUUGUUCAAAUCAGAGAGCUACAUUCCGAUGGCUACUUGUACGAUUUAAUUUACGAGCAAAGAUUUGGAUCCCGUAUCCGUAAUGCGCAGGUUAUCGGGUCUCUCAAAGAAUAUAAAGAUGACUUAGAAUUCGAUGACAGUGGUAAAUCUGACGUUGAUGGGAGUUUUUCGAACUCAACAGACGAAAGUAAAACCCCUCGCCUGCGACAACUGCCUCCUCAAAGUUUGAUCCUUCAUUUAUGCAAUGGAGAUAUGCAAUUCAUGACUAUCCAAACCGAUCAUGAAGGAAAAUUAAGCAUCUUAUCUAAUCGGCAUAGAUUCCUCAGACCUAUGCAAAAAUUACAGGCUGGCAUAUAUCUUGCUGUCGAUCCUAGCUCCAACUACAUGGCUAUAGGAUGCUCUGAAGGAGCUUUCACAAUUUGUGUGCUAAAUUCAAGAGAAAUUUUAAAAAAACAAUUUCGUUUGAGCUCAAAACUACAGUUUAUCGCUUCCGAGCUUCGCAUAUUUAUUGAUGGAGCAAUAGUUAAAAUGGACUUUUUACACUCAGAAGUAGAAGAUAGUGGUUAUGUAGUACUACUCGUCCUCACGGCGUGUAAAGGGCAAACACGGAUGUUUUUUUACCGUUGGAAGAUAGGAUCUGAUCUUUCUGAAAUACGUCCCCACAGCCGAUGGGGAAAUACUGUGCAAAAUCAGCACAAAUUACCACUGCUUCUGAUCCCUCUUCGGUUGAGAACAUCAUUUAUUCUUGUAUUCGAGAAUCGUCUAUCGGUAUAUCAAGACAUGCUUGAAGGCAGUCCUUCUAUCUCAGAUCUUGAGAUGACAAUUCACCCACCACUUUCCUGCUUCCAUGGUAGGGGCACACCUCUUUGGUCAGCAUGGGCACGACCCCCACGCUCACCUCGGCAUGUCGUUUUAAGAGACGACAUUUUUUUAAUUCGAGAAGAUGGCUUGGUCGCGUACAUUGAAGUAGACGCUGAAAUUGAGGGCUUGAUUGCUUCUGAUAACAAAGUAGGUGAAUUAGGAGGAAACUGUGGUCCAGCAGUAGCUUGUCUUGGCUUUGAUGGUCUUGACCGAACCAAAAGUGGUGAUAUGAUCAUAACAGGAGGGGCCUCCUGCGCAGGUGGAACAUAUUUGCUUCGGGCGAGAGAAGCUAUCCAGCUACACGAACCAAUACAAAACUGGACCCCUGCACAGGAUUUUGUCAUAGUAAAUUCGCAUGAGGACUCGAAAUUAUCAGAUCCAGAAAGUAAGUAUGAUAGAGUUGCUACCAAGUUUUCACGCCCGGACAGGAUAUUUUCGUGUAUUGGCAAAGGAAAUAGCAGCGCCAUAGCUGAACUUCGCUUCGGUCUCGAAGCGAAGAUUGGUCUGAUAACAGAAUAUGACACGGCUAUAAAUCAAAGUUGGGUCCUUCAUAACUUAGGAUCUUCUGGCGAUGAUAUCUCAAAUGAAACCUUAUUCCUGUUGGCAUUAGAUGAUUCAUCAUCAGUACUGCGUCUAGCCAGUGACGGCUCUGCUAUCACAGAACUUGAUGAAGAUUCAACAAAGUUUGAUCUUAAUCAUAGAACUAUUGCAGUAUUCCAAAGGGGUGAAUGGACCAUUCAGGUAACAGAAAAGUCAAUAAUGGUAGAUAAAGAAAGCACAGGGAGGCACAUUUAUACAAAUAAAAACUUACUUAAUGCCUGCCAGGGAGAAGAAAUAGUAGGAUGUGGAUCAAUAAUAAGUCACGCCGCUAUAGAUGAAAGAUUUGUUGUAUUCACUACAUUCGUUCGACCGUCCAAUCUAGUCUACGUCAAUAUUUUUGAAAUUGAUAGUGUACAGUAUAAGAGUUUCAUUGAGGAUUCACCUAACACUGUGCCAAGUCUGAGAGUGGUAACCUUAAAAAUAACAUCAAACGUUACAAGCUUGGCUCGAUGCUCAAUUCUGGGCGUUAAUUACGCUUUAAUAUGCGAACGAAACGAAGAAAAAAACGUUAUUAACUUCUUGCCUCUUGAUAUUGAAACAAGAAUUUUUCCUCAAAUUUCGCAUUCUAUCAUUUCUGAAUUUAAAACGGAAGCAAUCAUUAGUACACACUUCCAAACAAUGGAAUAUGGAAACUUUUUACUAUUUUGUGGCACUCGAGACGGCUUGCUCGUUAUGAUGGAACUUGAUCGGCAACUAAAAAUUAUCGCUUCACGCUGUGAACAAGUUGGGGUAACUUCUGUUGUUAUCACAAGAGAUGAGCACUCAAGCUAUGGGUAUUUCGUAAUUUGUGAUUCAUGUCUCUAUGCAAUCGUACCAAGAGUGAACUCAUCGAAAUUCUCCAAUAUCAACAAUAUUUUUGAAAUAAAUCGAAUAUGGCUUACUGACGCCCUACAACCUGGAAUUCAACAGCCGAAGAUUAAUUCUAUAGCUAGCCAACCGCCAUUUCGACUUGAUACUAAAACUCGAGAUUGCCUUUUAACAACUGGUUCCCAAAUUAUAAUUGCUUCUCUUUAUGCAAAUUCAAAAAUGAUUCCUCGUCAAAUGAAACUGGCCGGAAGUCCUACUCGUAUUAUGUAUUCCAAUACUUUGAAAGUCCUUAUAACGGCAGCAUUGAUAGAAAAUAAAUCGACCAUACUUCUAAUAGAUCCGGAAACGGGCAAUGAUCUAUCAUAUCCAAUUGAUCAAAAUACAAAAAAGUCUGUGGACUUCAUAUCAGGACUAGGACAUUGGAACGAAAGGGUUUUCAGAAUAUCAGAGUGGAUAUACGUAAAAGAUGGAAGAAAAUGGAAUUUUAUCAUUGCAUCAACAAGCUUGGGACGAGUCUUAAUAAUUUCUGUUAACCAUCUCGGUACUAUUCAUAGCGAGAUUCAAAAUCCCUUGUUUGACUCAGGAGCAGAAAAAGAUCGGUCAAGAGGAAGAUCAAAAAUUAGUUUUUAUACUCGAUAUAAGUUCUGGGCUCCCGAUCCUGUGUAUUCAGUGGUGGGGUAUUCAGAAGGAAUUCUGUGGUGUGCUGGAAGAAAACUUUUCUGUGAUAUUUUAGAUCUCGCAGAAAAGAAAUUCAAGCGUAAGGCUGAAUAUGAGCUUCCAUCACCUGCGGUUAACCUUGUGUACGAGGAUGGCACAAUUUAUGCGCUUACGUCAUCGCAUUCUCUUGAAAUUCUCAGGCUUGUAACAACAGAUAAUGGAACAUUAAAAAUCCAGCGAACUCACGGUGACCCAAUAAGCCGGCCAUCUUUGAACAACAUAAUCUACAACUCAAGAUAUCAAGAUCCGAUUCAUAUUAUUUCUGAUAAAAUGUGCAAGGUAGUCGGUCUAAAGCCAACUCGCAAUGCAAUUAUGGACACAUUAGAGACAAUAUUUGAAGCGCAGCUCCCACACUCAAUACUUCGAUUCCGUUAUGGCAGAUGUCGUCCGCUUUGGGAUCCGCUACGGACCCCUGGAAAAGCUUUCGAUAAAAUACCGUUGAUUUGUGAAAAUUCUGCCGAAGCAGACGAAUCAACAUGUUGUAUGGGAAAAUCCGAGCUGUUAGGUCUCUCGAUAACAGGAUCGCUCAUUCACUUUACAGUCCUAAAUUUUUUGUCAUGGAAAUUUUUAAGACUUCUAACUGAUUUAGCCCUGAGGUCACCAAAAGUUUGUAGAUUUACAUUUCAAGAUGAAGGUGAUCUCGAUCUUCUCCAACAGAAUACUAAAUCAAAAUUCUCGAUGCAUAUUGAUGGUGAUAUAUUAAAACGAUGUCUUCAGGAAAGAUUAAUCGAAGAUAUUCUUGGAGUUGGUGUAGUUGGACUAAAUUACCCAAUUCAUGUCGAUGGAGAGUUGCUCACAAGAACCGAUAUCUUGCCCACGAGGUUAACAGAAUUACUACAUGAACUUCAUGGAGAUUUACCGAUUAAUGCAAAGAUUGACGUAUAUAUUGCGCAAGUAUAUUCUGAUCUUGAGUAUUUUCUUCGUCCGGUCAUUUAG